CUCACUGCGCCUAAACACUGAGAAGCUCCAAACACACUCACGAGCUCGCCAAGCCAUUUCCCAACGUCGUGUCGUUCAACGUCCCCCGAAUUCUUCAGCGACAAGAGAGUCUUCACUCCAGUUCAAGAUUCAAACAGAUUGCAUCGGGGAAAGGGGGGAAGAAUAAAGUUAUGGAAGUCAAGAAUCCGCGCCGGGUGUUGGCGGUCUCGCUCGCCGAUUCGACGCAGCAUUUGAGUAGAGUCAUCAAAGAUCUCACAGGCACCCACCCAGAACCGGCAUCCACAACCCUCGCAGGCACAACGCACAUCCUCCCCAUCAAGACGAGCUACUACACCGCCGACGUGCCCAUCUGGCUGGACCUCGUCGACUCCCCAGCCGAGUGGUCCGCCUCCUUUCUCUCGCCCGAGGCGAAAGAAGUUCUCACCGUGCUAGGCGGGCUGGCUGUUGUAUUCGCGCUGCCUUCUUCUUCGCCUUCUGCUUCCUCGUCUCUUUCUUCCGCGGUCCCGUCUUCGACAUCAGCAUCGGCGCCGGCAGACGUCACCACCACUCAUGCCACCGUCGCGUCACCACCAGCACCAACCCCCCAGCCCUCGCCAGAGGACACCCGCGCACUCAUCACCGAGGUCGGGAGAGUCGUUCGCGAAGGGCUCGGCGGGUGGGGAUGGGACGGCGUCGGGUUGGGCAUCGGCGUCGGGGAUGGCACGGCGGACGAGUGGGAGGAUCUCUGCGCUGAAUGGGGACUCGAGUUCGUUCAGGUUCGUGGGGGUAAGAAGGAUGAUGGCCGGAACGAGUUUGGAGAGAAAAUGGGCAUAGCAAGAGUCCUCGAAGCCCUCGAAUCCAACGACUGGGACGCCGUGGACGCCAUGGACGGCCCGUCGGACCUCGACUCGGACCUCGACGCUGCCGCCGGCGAUUUACCCAGGAAACCUAGACCUCUAGCAGGCGGCACCGGCAACGAUGACGACGACGAUGAGUUUGACCUCGACGACCCAGAGAACCUGGAUUUCGGCUUCGACAGAGCGGAUUUCGAAGGGUUGAAGAAGGCGAUUUGGAAUCUCGAGCAGGAGCAGGAGCAGGAGGAGGAUGAAGUAGCAGAAUGGGGAGCACUGGGAACGGGGAAAACAGCGAGUGGAAGUAGAGGAGGCGCUGCUACAACCGAAAUCCCGGAUGCAAAAGAGAAGAAGGGCAAGGACGAAGAAAAGGAGGACCUGGAUGCCGAGGACGUGGAAAAGAUUGAGCAGAUGAUGCGCAAGUUGCAGGCUGUCCGGGACCUCAGCGCGGGUCUGCCCGAGGACCAGAGGCGGAGGAUGGCGAAGAAGGCUGUUGGGGAGGUGAUGAAGGAGCUUUGAAAGGGGGG